UAUUUCAAUAGUUAAUAGUGUCAAACUCUUUUUGGUAAACAUGCAAAAUUUCAGUUAAUUUCUUUUUAUAGUUGUUUUCGAUGAACAUCAAACAAGCAGAAAGUUGCUGAACUGGUCAGAAUGAGUGUUAAAGUGGUUAAAGAUGAGGAGCUAAUGAGCUUGAAACUGGACAAACCUGGCAGAGUCAAGAGUCAAGAACAACUAGCUAAACAUACAAUAGAUAGCCAGUUUGAAGAUAAACCUAUUGAGAGAAGUGUAUAUUUGUUAACGAAAGGUGAUGAUGUACAAAAACUUAGUAUUGUGCAAAAUUUACCCCAGUUAUACCAAUUCGAACCAAAUGCUACAAUCAAUCGAAUAUUGCCGAAAAUUCAACAAGAACUGCCAGGCUCAUCUAGUGAAUUCAAUAUAGCUACUGCUCGUAUAUUUCAGAUUUUGAUACAAAAAAAAGUUCCAAUCAAUUUAUUAAGUUCCAUUCUUCAGGGUAUAGAUUCUAGAGAUCCUUUGGUUGCUACAACAUGGAUUGAAACAUUACUGGAAGUUAUUAAUUAUUUAUCAGAUACUCAGAUAAGAAAUGAUGUCUUGAAAUGGGCAGUUCAGAAAUCAGCCCCUAGUAAACCUACACUUUACAGAGUAGCCAGUUGUCAUCUCUUAGGAAGAUGUGCAGUUCAUCCGAAAAUUCAAAGUAUAGAGGUCAAGACAACUAUUUUACCCCUAGUUCAAGGAUUAGCUCAAGAUGUAUCAUUUGAAGUCAGAGCUUGUAUGGCAGGACAAUUAGCAAAUAUAGCACAAGGUUUGAAUGAUUCAAAUCUCAUCAAAACGAGUCUCUUACCAAGUGUCGUGGAACUUGCUAAAGACACUAAUUCUGUUGUGAGAUCGUCUACAAUAGUUGCUAUUGCUCAACUUCUGCAACAUUUCUCUACUGACACAGAACAGGAUGUCAUAAUUCCAUUAUUCAAAGAGUUGUGUAACCAAGCCGCUGAAGAAAAUGAAGCAUCUUACCCAGUGCUUGCUAGAGAGUUCGGAAAAUAUAUGACAGGGUUGCAAAACGUUCUAUCCCAGGCUGACUGCUUAUGGUUUCUGAAGUUUUUCAAAAUUCUUUCAACCAAAGGUCUAGGAUCCAGCCAAGGCGACAAUGUAGAUCCUACUCAGGGGGUAUACUGCAGACACUUCUGUGCACAAAAUCUGCCAUCUAUAACACAGUUCACUCUGCUAAGAGCUAGCAAUUCAAUGGAUGUUUGGUAUUCAGUAUUCCGAGAUUUAGCUGCUGAUCCUUGUUAUAUAGUGAGGAAAUCUGUCGGCGCCUGUUUACACGAAGUUGUAGGAAUAUUAGGAAUUCAAUGCAGAAUAAUAAAACCAGAUAUAGUCCGUCUAUUGAGAGACGAUGCCGAAGAUGUACUUUAUAUGGUGGUUCCAAAGCUUGGUGUGACCAUGGAAACCUUGUGUAAUUAUGGCCUACUAAGCAGGGAGACAAGUACGCAAACUUCUUUGGAAAUAGGUAGAGCUAUUCUGAAAUGUCAUAUGGAACUCUCGAAAGGAGUGAAUUGGAGGAUUCAAACAGAUUUACUUGCACAGUUGGAGCAUCUUCCUAAUUGUCUACCUUCGGAUUUUAUUCAUCAGCAUUUCACGCCAGUUAUUUUUGCCAUAAUUGGGGAUCAGAAGGCGAAACCUGUCAAAGCACAAGCAGCCAGAUUACUCUUGGUUUUUCUGAGAUACAAUAUCAAAGAAAUUCAGAGGAAAUGGAUUAGAGAAAACUUGAUGAAUCGUUUAUAUUUAUCGAGCUCUUGUUAUACUCGACAUAUAUUCAUCAAAAUGUGUGAAAGUGCUUUGUCAAUAUUCAGCAAAAAAUAUUUCAAGGAUCAUUUCUUCCAACCUUUACUGUACCUCCUAGAUGAUAGGGUAUCGAAUAUCAGACUUUGUACCAUACAACUACUACCUCAAAUGCGAGCUAUGCUUGGACCAGAAGAUAAAGCACUUCUUCAAACUUUUGAUAAUAUGGUCAAAAAAUUAGAGCUCACAGAGAGAGAUAAGGAUGUGAUAUAUACAUUGAGAUGCGUCCUCAAAAUUAUGCAGUCGCACCAGUUCGAUGGCAAUAAACAAGACUUAAUCCAAGAGGAAAAACAGAGACAGGAAGAUGAAGCAAAAAUUGCGCAGGGAAAAAUCGUUGAAAAUUUCAAGUUGAUGGAAGGUUUACCAUUUGCUCCAAAGCGACCAGUUACUGAGGGUACUAAAGCCUUCAAGAACUCCUUAACAUUUCCUUCACAGAGCAAACUUUCUUUCCUCGAACAACAUUUCUACACAGACGCGGGGAUAAGUCUACCUAUUAAAGAUAUUCCACCUCCGGUUCUAACCGAAGAUGUAGUAGAUCCAAAAAUGUUUGUUACAUUCGAGGACAGGUUAUUCUUAGAUAUGUUUCGGGAUGGUACUCCACAAUUAUGUGGGAAUUUGAGUUCUUCUGAAUUACCCGCUGCUGUAAGAAAUGUUGAUCUAGAUAAAAUAUUAGAUAAAGAAAUCUUUGAGUUAACCACUGCCAAUAUAACAGACGACAUAAAAGUCAAUUUGACAAAACUGAACGAACUUCAAAUUCACGAAGAUCCCAGUAAGAAUAAGGAAAAUCUCUUGAGUAAAAGAAGUCAUAGCAAGAUUCCAAUAAGUAAGAAUAAUCGACGAUCCAGAAAUCUCUCAUGUGAAGAACUCUGUGUUGCUAACUCAGUUGUUAUGAGAAAAUAUUCCGACACCGACUUGGGUUUCUUUUCUGCAAAAUCUCAUUCUAGAAUUCGCCCCAAGUCAGAAAUAUUAAGAUCUGGAAACUAUGAUAUUGAAGCGCUUGGUGAUAGCUUUCCCAGGAGAAAUAUAAUGAGUAAAGGAUUGUCCACAGAAAAUUUAGGUAGGAUAAGAACUGAAAUACCAAUAUUAAAAAGAAAUUUUGAAGUAACGAAAUCUUUGGAGGAAAUCGGCCCAAAGAAUAGGGAAUUCCUAAUUUCCACUACGACAAAUCUCAAGGAAUCUAAGCUGCCAAAAAAAAUGUAACUAUGCCAAAGAACCUUCCCACUUUUGGAUGAACACAUACAGAAGAAUUUUAAUAAUGUUUGAUACCAUGGUAAUUAGUAUAUAUAAUGUAUAUUGUAUUGUUAAACGAAUUUUAUAAUCACAUAUUUAUAUUUUAAAAUUACGUAUUUAUUAUAUGCUUCAAGAAGUUGCUGCUUAUUGAAACAUACUUAUUA